AUGACUCCAGUGGCGCCGGAACAAGCAAAUGCAGCCAAGUCGUCGGGAUGUCAAGGGGGCACCAAGUCGUACCUCUGGCACCUUCGGCUUGGCCACAUAGGUCACGAUGGACUCAAUUGCAUCGUGACGAAGAACAUUGGAAUUUGCAUCGACAUAUCUUCGGUGAAGAAGUGGGACGUGUGUGAAGGUUGUGCUCUGGGAAAACAGACUCGAGUGCGCUUCCAAUCAAACACUACAGCUCGCACCUCCAAACUCCUCGAAGUGAUUCACAGCGACGUAUGCGGACCGAUGUCGAUGGCAACUUUCAGUGGAAAACGGUACUUCGUGACAUUCAUUGAUGACAAGUCAAGAUACUGUGUCGUCUAUCUGCUCAAGAGCAAAUCUGAAGUUGCGGCGAAGUUCAUGGAAUACGCUGCGAUGGCCGAAACGCAAACCGGAAAGCGCGUGAAGUACCUUCAAAGCGACAAUGGGGGUGAAUACAAGUCCGACAAGCUGGCACGAUUCUGCGCGGAACGGGGAAUACAACAAAGGUUCACACCCCCAUAUACUCCUCAGCUAAACGGAGUAGCUGAGAGAAUGAAUCGCACGCUGGUCGAGUGUGCGCGUUGCAUGAUGGAACACGCUGGACUGGGAAAGAGCUACUGGGGUGAAGCAGUGAUGACGGCGAUGUUUCUUCGAAACCGCUGUCCAACACGUGCCAUUCACCAAGACAAGUCUCCAUAUCAAGUGUGGACGAUGAAGAAACCGAUUCUGGCCAACCUUAAAGUGUUUGGAUGCCACGCGUAUGUUCAAGUGCCUCAAGACAAACGCGCGAAGUUCGACUCCAAGUCAUCACUCUGUCGUUUCCUGGGAUACGCCGAACACCAGAAGUCAUAUCGAUUUGAGGAAGUGUCAACAGGAGCGAUCAAGAUCAGUCGCGAUGCCACAUUCAUGGAAGACAAGUUUGAUGAAGGUCCGCGCAACUACAACGAUGAGUCAAGUGUCGUUGAGUUUGAUGAUCAUGAUGAGGACGAAGAAAAAGAAGAAGGUAAAACUGACGACGACAUGGACUCGAGCGACGAUGACAACGAAGACACCAGGUCUUCGAAGAGCAACAUCAAGAGACACACGCGCACUCAAUCACUUGAGAAAGCUACCGUCAUUCCAAGUCCCAAGCGAAGAACAUACAGAGGUCCGUCGCUUGAGCAUGUUUCAGCGGCUGCAAUGGAUUUUGAAGCAGCCUACAUCGUUGAUUCAGUGGGGGAAACGCCGACUACAUUCAAGUCGGCGAUGGAAUCAAGCGACUCCGGCAAGUGGAAAGAAGCGUGUGACUCGGAGUUCGAUUCGCUUCAGAGAAACGACACGUGGGAAAUCGUGCCUCUUCCGAAAGGUCGCAAGGCCAUCGGGUGCCGAUGGGUUUUUCGUGUAAAGGAGAAUCAAGAUGGCGAAGUUGAACGUUUCAAGGCAAGACUUGUGGCCAAAGGAUUCUCACAGAAAUUCGGAGUUGACUAUGAAGAAACUUUCGCACCGGUGGCCAAGUUCACAUCGAUUCGUGUGGUGCUCAGUAUGGCGGCCAAGUACGGCCUAAUGCUACAUCAGAUGGACGUCAAGACAGCGUUUCUUAACGGCUCCCUCAACGAAGACAUCUACAUGGACCAGCCGGACGGAUACCUGGAUGCAACACAGCCGGACUAUGUGUGCAAGCUAAAGAGAUCACUCUACGGCUUGAAGCAAUCGCCUCGCAUGUGGAACCAAACAAUCGAUGGGUUCAUGAUCAAGAUGGGAUUCAAGAAGUGCGAAUCGGACCACUGCAUCUACAUCAAGCGAGACGACCAAGACAUGAUUCUCGUGGUGCUCUACGUCGAUGAUCUCAUCCUGGCCAGCAGCAACAACGAACUCCUCAAGUCGACCAAGAUGGCGCUGAGCAAACGCUUCGAAAUGACGGAUCUCGGUGAGCCUCGAUUACUUUCUCGGCAUAGAGAUCAAGAACGACCGUAA